CAGAAUUACUCCCUCAUAAUAGUGAAUACACAAUCCUCUUUGACUUCUUCGCUAAAUCCGCACAAUGCCCAUCGUCGAGACCGUUGUACACCACUACUAUGAGUACCACCCUCCUGGGGUCAAGGAAAUUCUUGGGAUAGGAUCUAGCGCGUGGGUUGGGGCAGUCGAUGAGACGACAGUCUUCAAGUAUCCUCUCGCCCCGGACGGUGAUAUGAGCCGGCUAGAGGUCGAGCGGCAGCUCCUAGAGUUAGUUGGCCGACACGAACGAGUCAUCCAGCUAAAGGGUUUUAAUGAGAAGGGGCUCUACCUGGAGCGUGCUCCUAAUGGAACGUUGGGCGACUACCUUCUAGAGGCAUCACCAGAGCAGGAGUCUCCCUCGACAGCACAGCGCGUGGCCUGGUGCCGCGAAACCAUCGAAGCCGUGGCCCACAUACAUUCUCUUCACGUCCUACAUUGUGAUAUUCAACCCUAUAAUCUGUUGCUUGACGCUGGCCUACACGUCAAGCUGACCGACUUUCAGGGUAAGCAUAUGGCAGCCGACGGUACGAUCCUCCUUGACGGCUCCUCUAGUGAACCGACUCGCUUUAGUUACCCGCGCGAUGAUCCACACCAGGCCGACAUCAAAACUGACCUCUUUGCACUUGGUUGUACUAUCUACUUUAUCAUGAUGGGCCAUCCCGUCUACCCUGACAUUGUUGAUGGAUCAGAUGAAUGGUACGAAAGAGUUCAAGAAAGAUUUGCUAAGCACGAGUUCCCAGAGGAUUUGCACGCCUGUACGUCCAUCACCCAGAAGUGUUGGCUAAGAGAGUAUGAGUCAGCCGAGGAAGUUCUUCGAGACAUUUUGGCCAUCGAGGAGACUUCAAUCUCCCUUCCACUGUAGUGUGCUGUGCUAUGAAAUGUGUGGAGGAAGGUAUGCACUUGGAAUAAUAGCUCUGAAUAACAUCUCCAUAAAAAUGGGUUCCCGUGACUCUGUGCCAUUAAGUCUUAACGUCCUGCACGUCGUGUCAAUUACUAUUCGUGCCGCCGCAGCAUCCGCUUGAUGCACUCCACGUUGAGGUCAAUCUUAGUGAGGAUGGCACAGUAGACGGGCUCCUCGGAGGUUGUUUAGAGCUUGGUUGGUAAACUAUUUAACAGCGAAAAUUGAAUACGUUAUGGAUUUAUGAAUAGAACGAGAAUACAUGUCAUGACAAUCAACCCAUCACUUCAUAACUCACGAGGCAGGUUCAACACGUAUGGUAAGAAAGUAAAGUAGAACCAGGCACCCACAAUGCUAGAAGAACAAGACAAUGAGUCCAAAUUCUACUUCAAGUUUUCAGAUAGCUUUACGGCGCUAUUUCCACAGUCCUCCCAUCAGCAUUUAGC